AUGCCUACUAUUUGGAAUGAGACUUUCGAAAUUGACAUGCCUCUUUGUGCAGGCAGAAAUAUCGCUGAGCAGUCAAUCAAGGACCUGCAGCAUUCGAUGAACGUCGGCCACUUCACAGCCCUUGACCUGACCAAGUGCUACCUCGCCUACAUUCAGAAACUCAAUCCGCGUUUGUCCGCCGUGAUUGAGUUGAACCCUGAUGCCCUGGCGAUUGCAGACAGACUUGACGAGGAGAGAAGAUACGGUAUUGUUCGAGGACCUCUGCAUGGCAUACCAUUUUUGGUAAAGGACAACAUUGCGACGAAGGACAGUAUGAACACAACCGCUGGUUCGAGCAUGCUCAUUGGCGCCAACGUUCCUCGUGACGCUCAUGUUGUGGAACUUCUAAGACAAAAGGGAGCCGUACUUUUGGGCCAUGCCAAUAUGUCCGAGUGGUCAUCUAUGCGAUCGUUUCAUUACUCCGAGGGCUACUCGACCCGGGGAGGGCAGAGCAGGAACCCUUACAAUCUCUCCAAGAAUCCUGGGGGUUCAAGUUCGGGUUCUGCUAGCGCUGUAUCUGCCAACAUGUGUGCUUUCAGCCUCGGCACGGAAACUAAAUCUAGGGUGAUAUUUCCUGCCGACCGGAACGGUGUCGUUGGGCUCAGACCUACCAGGGGUCGAGUAUCGUGUGAUGGUGUCAUUCCAGUGUCUCGCAAUUUUGACACAGUCGGAACUUUUGGUCGAACCGUUGCGGACGCCGCUGCUGCCCUUGAUGGUAUCUCCGAUGGCAACAGAUCUUUGACCAAUCAUUUGACCGACCACCGAGAUCUAUCCGAUGUCACAAAGAUUGGCAGUAUUGGAGAGAGUGUCCCUGAUUAUGGUUGCUGUGACUGGGACUUCCAAUCGCUACGGGGAUACCCAGAGCGUUCCCAACACACAGUAGUCAAAGUUGACUUCUUCAACGACUUGAGGAGAUAUCUGUCCAGCUUGGUCACAAAUCCCUGUGGCAUACACGGCGUCCAAGAAGUGGUUGCAUACAACAGGAAUAUAGCAUCUGGAGGAGGUUUCCCUUGGACUCAUCCAGCAUGGCCUAGCGGCCAGGACAGUUUCGAAAAGAGCAUGGCGUCUGGGGGAACCGAGGACGAUACAUACCGUGACGCCUCAUCACACAUUCAAAGGAUGUCGCAGGACAACGGUCUAGACCGCGCCUUUGAAUAUGAUGAUGAGCGGGACUUUGAUGCACUGCUGGUUCCGGUGCAGGCCGGAGGAGGUGCAGUCAUGCAACUAGCGGCGCAAGCUGGGUAUCCCAUGAUCACCAUCCCUCUCGAUAUUAAUCCAUUCGACGGUGUUCCGUAUGGAAUUGCCCUCAUAGUCAAACCCCAUCGAGACGAUAAACUGAUCAGAUUGGGUUCUGCUCUUGAAAGAGUAUUGCUGAUCGAAAAUAGAGCAAGGCAACCACCUUUGUUUCUCAAUGUCGAGGCCGAAAAUCUCAUCUUUAUCAAAGAUGGCACAGACGAUGAUGACUCAGAAGGUGACUAUCACUCCGAUGAAAAUGAUACAUACGAUGAAUACGGGCAAUUGAUGUCAUAG